AUGGAGAAUCUUCCACCUGAGAAGGAAAACGCACUUCGCGAAUUUCUUGGAGGUCGAAAUAUUUUUGUAAAUUUGCCGACGGGCUACGGUAAAUCUUUGAUUUUCCAGUGCCUUCCGAUCGCUGCGGAUGCUCUGUUCGGAAAGCCUCGUGGUUCCAGUGUUCCCGUUGUAAUAUCGCCGUUGCAAUCGCUUAUGGAAGACCAGAUUCGACAUCUAAACAACAUGGGAGUGCCAGCGAUCGCCAUUACCAACGAUGAGGAUGUCGAAAUAAUCCAGCAGAUUAUGAACGGAAAUUAUGUUCUUGUUUAUGGCUCUCCAGAGAGCUUGCUCUGUUGGAAAAAGAAAGGCCCGAAAAGACCAUCAGCUGGAGAGAGUAAGCAACAGAAACGGCGCCGUUUGUACGUAGAAAAAGUAUGUGAAAUAAGGAAACAGAUUUCAAUUGCCAAAGCGGAAGUGGAUCGCUUGAAAGAAAACCGAAAGCUCACCAAGAGAGGGAGAAGGAACCGGGAGAUUUUGCACAAGGAAUGCCGCACGUUAUCGAUAGCAUCACUUGUCGGGUAUAUUGAGAAGAAGAAAUCCUCUUUACGAAAACUGAAGAAAGGCUUUGUGCGAGGCAACAAGCUAGAGGAAGCAAGGGGGGUACAAGUGACUGCUUUCUCAGGGGGGAGAGUUGUGGAGUCGACUAGAAUACCAUGUCUUGAUGAUGGUGAGCGGUACAAGUUCCUUGGAGUACUUGAGAGUGUUAGGCAGGAGGAUAAGUUGGUCCUGGAGUGUGCAGCAAGAGAGUAUCUCAGACGAUUGUCAGUUAUUUGGACAAGUCCCUUGUCCGAUUAUAAUCGGGUGGUAGCGUCAAAUCAGUUUGCAUUGCCUGUUCUUGGAUAUCUUAUGUGGACACAACAGUGGCCGGUGAUGGAACUUAAGCAGAUCGAUAGGGAAGCGCGCAAGAUUGUUGUCGAGAGUGGGGGUAGACACCCAUGUAGUUCGAAUGCAUUGUUGUAUAUGCCAAGAAGUAGAGGAGGGCGGGGAUUGCGCUCUGUUGAAAUGGAGUACAAAGCCACAAAAAUCAAGGGUGCAGUCAGACUCCAUGGUAAUGAAGAUCGUGCACUGGGAAUGGUACGGGAGUUUGAAGAGCAAGCGGCGAGGAUGGGGCGUAGGUCAAUUUUUAAAGAAGCGGCUAAGUGCGCGGAGGAGUUGGGGCUGGAGUUGGAUUUGGAACACGCGCAAGGGAUCAAGAAAGAGGUGCGGAGGUGCCAAAUUGAGAAGUUAGAGGAUGAGAUCAGAAACCAACGGUGGCAAGGGCGUCUAGUGACUACUAGGCUGGAGGAUGAGAGUUUGAGUGCCGAUGGGUGUUUCUGGUGGCUCACAGAGUGGAAGAACUGCCCAUCACACACAAUUGCUGGACUCGUCGAGCUAUACGAGCAGCUAUUGCCAACGCGAGUAUACACGAGUCAGAAGACCCACACAAGCGGAGAAGGCGAGAUGAGGUGCAGAUUAUGCGGCAAGGCUCCAGAGAGUGUGGCACAUAUCUUGUCAGGAUGCAGUGCACUGGCCCAGAGCAAGUAUCUCUCUAGACACGACGCAGCACUGAAGGUACUGUUUUACCAACUGUUGUAUGAUGAGGGAUUUAUAGACGAGAUACCACCCUGGUACUCACCCGACAAGCCGAAGCCCGUGUAUGAGUCAGAGAAUGUUAAAGCUUAUUGGGAUGUCCCUAUAUAUGCUGAUCAACAAGAGGUCAGAUGCAAUAGGGUGGAUGCACGCAUUGUAAAUCAUAUGUGCAAGAGAGUUGUGACGCUGGAAAUGAGCUGCCCGUGGGUUAACAAUCGGACAAGAAAGGAUGAAGAGAAGACACUGAAGUACGGACCCCUUCGCUGGGAACUAAGGCAGCAGUUCCCAGGCUACGAGGUGAAGCAAUAUAACAUCAUUAUGGAUGCCCUCGGGGGGUGGUCACGGGAGCUGGAUGUCAUGAUGCGCGAGCUGGUGGGAGGCAGAAGCACAGACGUACUGCGAAAGAUGCAGAGGGCAGUGCUCUCGGGCACGCUGAAUAUUGCCCGGACUUUCAAGAUUUAA